UGUAGCCUCCGCAGAGAGGUGGUUCUCCCGGAGUCCCGAGGGGCCGCCGGAGCUUCCGAGAACUGGGGAGGAGCCAUUCCAGCCAUGAGCCCCUGCGGGAAUCUGCCAGGGGGCAAGUGGCCCGGAAUCCUCAUGCCCCUCCGGCUGCUCCAGAGGGAGAGGUGAGCGCUGGGCAGCCGGCCCGCAGCCAGAGGUGCCGAGAGCCUUGGGCCUGUCAUGGUGGCCGUCUGCAGCCAGCCUGAGGCACUCCCAGACGGGUUUGCAGCUGAGCUUGUUUAUCUGGUGUGGGAAGAAGAUGGGGAGUUACUUGUCCGUCCCGGCUUACUUCACCUCCAGAGACCCCUUUCGGUGUUCAGAAUGCCAGGAUUCCCUCACCAACUGGUACUACGAGAAGGAUGGGAAGCUUUAUUGCCACAAGGACUACUGGGGGAAGUUUGGGGAGUUCUGCCAUGGGUGCUCUCUGCUGAUGACAGGGCCCGUAAUGGUGGCCGGGGAGUUCAAGUACCACCCAGAGUGCUUUGCCUGCAUGAGCUGCAAGGUGAUCAUCGAGGAUGGGGACGCAUAUGCCCUGGUGCAGCACGCCACCCUCUACUGUGGGAAGUGCCACAAUGAGGUGGUGCUGGCACCCAUGUUUGAGAGGCUCUCCACGGAGUCUGUUCAGGACCAGCUGCCCUACUCCGUGACACACAUCUCCAUGCCAGCCACCACUGAGGGCAGGCGGGGCUUCUCCGUGUCCGUGGAGAGUGGCUGCUCCAACUACGCCACCACUGUGCAAGUAAAAGAGGUCAACCGGAUGCACAUCAGUCCCAACAACCGCAACGCCAUCCACCCUGGGGACCGCAUCCUGGAGAUCAAUGGGACCCCCGUCCGCACACUCCGAGUGGAGGAGGUAGAGGAUGCAAUUAGCCAGACCAGCCAGACGCUCCAGCUCUUGAUUGAACACGACCCCGUCUCCCAGCGCCUGGACCACCUGCGGCUGGAUGCCCGGCUCUCUCCCCACAUGCAGAACACCAGACACUCCCAUACCCUCAGCACCCUGGACACCAAGGAGAAUUUGGAAGGGACGCUGAGGAGACGUUCUCUGAGGCGCAGUAACAGCAUAUCCAAGUCCCCUGGCCCCAGCUCCCCAAAGGAGCCCCUGCUGCUUAGCCGUGACAUUAGCCGCUCAGAAUCCCUCCGCUGUUCCAGCAGCUACUCACAGCAGAUCUUCCGGCCAUGUGACCUGAUCCACGGGGAGGUCCUGGGGAAGGGCUUCUUUGGGCAGGCCAUCAAGGUGACGCACAAAGCCACGGGCAAAGUGAUGGUCAUGAAGGAGUUAAUUCGGUGUGACGAGGAGACACAGAAGACUUUCCUGACUGAGGUGAAGGUGAUGCGCAGCCUGGACCACCCCAAUGUGCUCAAGUUCAUUGGCGUGCUGUACAAGGACAAGAAGCUGAACUUGCUGACAGAGUACAUUGAGGGGGGCACGCUGAAGGACUUUCUGCGCAGUGUGGACCCGUUCCCCUGGCAGCAGAAGGUCAGCUUUGCCAAAGGCAUCGCCUCUGGAAUGGCCUAUUUGCAUUCCAUGUGUAUCAUCCACCGGGAUCUGAACUCACACAACUGCCUCAUCAAACUGGACAAGACCGUGGUGGUGGCAGACUUUGGGCUGUCACGGCUCAUAGUCGAGGAGAGGAAAAGGCCCCCAGUGGAGAAGGCCACCACCAAGAAACGUACCUUGCGCAAGAACGACCGUAAGAAGCGCUACACGGUGGUGGGAAACCCCUACUGGAUGGCCCCUGAGAUGCUGAACGGAAAGAGCUACGAUGAGACAGUGGAUGUCUUCUCUUUUGGGAUCGUUCUCUGCGAGAUCAUUGGGCAGGUGUAUGCAGAUCCUGAUUGCCUGCCCCGAACACUGGACUUUGGCCUCAACGUGAAGCUUUUCUGGGAGAAGUUUGUCCCCACAGACUGCCCCCCAGCCUUCUUCCCCCUGGCUGCCAUCUGCUGCAAACUGGAGCCUGAGAGCAGACCGGCGUUCUCAAAACUGGAGGACUCCUUUGAGGCCCUCUCCCUGUACCUUGGAGAGCUGGGCAUCCCACUGCCUGCAGAGCUGGAGGAGCUGGACCACACUGUGAGCAUGCAGUAUGGCCUGACCCGGGACUCACCCCCCUAACCCCUGCCCAGCCCCCUGCAGGGGGGCGUUCUACAGCCAGCAUUGCCCCCUCUGCGCCCCAUUCCUGCUGUGGGCAGGGCCGUCCGGGCUUCCUGUGGAUUGGCAGCUUGUUUAGAAGCAGAACAAGCCAUCCCUACUACCUCCCCAGGAGGCGAGCGGGUGCAGCACCAGGGAAACACAUCUCCACAGGUUUGGGGCCUGGCUACUGUCUGUAAAUCCAACACUCGCCUGAAAGCUGUGAAGAAGAAAAAGCCUGGCCCUGGGCCAGGAGGAGUCUUACUUGUGACCACUCGGGAACUCCCUGGCAGUGGGAUUCCGGGACGCUCUUGCUUACACUAAUCAGCGUGAUCUGGACCUGCUGGGCAGGAUGCCAGGGUGAACCUGCCUGGGGCUCUGAAGUUUCUGGUCCAGCUGGGUACAGGAGGACUUCAAGUGAGACUGUGGACAAGAGAAAGCCUGGUGGCCAGGCGGCACUCCAAGGAUGUGAAACGACAGUGGUGCUACGCCCCUUCCACUUCGUGUCCUGCCUUCCCUUGGGGCAGGGAUUGAGGGAGUAGGUUUUGAAGAGUCUCUUAGUCAGUUUGUGGUGGAACUGACCAGGAGUCAGGGGAAGGGCUGGUUUCUGUUCACCUCCCAGGUGCAGGGGCCAUAUCAGUGUGAGGGGAAGCCUCCACCUCGUGUUCUGCUGGAGACUGACUGAGAACUUCUGGGCCUUCCUUUCUGCCUGCAACAAGCAGUCACCCACAAGUGCAGGAAUGGCUGGGGGCGAGAAAGAAAGAGGGCCCCGACCUCUAGAGAGGCUAUAUCCUGGCUGCUGUCACUCAUACCUGGUGGGCACCUCAGUCAGACGCCCAAGACAUUUUGCCUAGGGCUAGAUGGGUUCUGGAGGACUGUGUGGCUUGUCACAGGCCCAGUGUAUGAGGCGGGGGAGUGGCAAUCUCAGCAAUCUCUUAGCCUUGUCCUUGUGGCAGCCACUGCUCACCCUUCACCAUGCUAGUCCAGGCAGCACCUUGGGCAGAAAGAGGUGGUGGCAGAGUCCUAAAGCUGAGAUGCCGGGGAAGACAGCUCCCUGCGCUGGGCUCUCUGGCUUCUACCUCCCUUGUUGGCUGGUCCAGCUCACUAGCUCCUGGCUGCCGCCUCCUGAGCCACAGCCAUGGGCACUGAAGAGCCCUGGGGGCACCCUCCACCUUGGCUUCCAGAGCUCUAGGGACUGUUGAACACAACUAGAUUUGCCUCUCCCUAAGUGUCUGUGAGCUUGCACCAUAUUUAACAAGUUGGGAAUGGGUUUGGGAUAUUACUAUAAUGUGUGGUGGUUGUUUGGAGGGGGUGAGGUGGGGCGGGGCGGGGGGAGUGAUCCAGGAGAGUGGUUGCUGUUAAUACUAUCUUGUUGUUAUAUCUCUUGGGUGAUAUGUGAAAUACUAUACAUAGACCUGAUAAAUUGUGGGAUUAGAUGUCAUCUCUGACCAGAGUUUACUUGCUGUAUAGACCAUACUUAGGUGUGGAGUGUGCAAGCUUGUAUAGGGUUGAGCCCUGGGCUCCCAGCAGCAGCAAGGUCCGUAUUGUGUGGCUGGUUGUGCCUCGGCUGUCCCCAGCAAACGUGGGAGUGGUGGGCCCACGCUGGGCCAUUGAGCAGACCAAAUAAAUUAAGCAGUUAACUUAA